AUGAAGGAUUUAGGAGAUCUAAACUACUUUCUAGGAAUUGAAGUAGCCAGGUCCACAACUGGUAUCUUUUUGUCUCAAAGGAAGUAUGUGUUAGAUCUUCUCACUGAAACAGGAAUGCUUGGAUGCAAACCUGUGGAUACAUCCAUUGAGAUGAAUCACAAGUUAUGUGAAGACAUGGAUCAAGAACAAACCAAUAAGAAACAGAAUGUAGUUGAUCAGAUCUUAAGAUACUUAAAGUUAGCACCUGAAAAAGGGUUAAUGUUCUCAAAAAAUAGAGAUUUUGAAGUUGUUGGAUAUACAGAUGCUGAUUGGGCUGACUCCGUUACUGACAGAAGCUCUACUUCAGGUUACUUCACUUUUGUGGGAGGUUUUACAAUUAAUCUAGGCAAAGGCCAGAUCUUGGAUGCUGAUGGCCUCAAAUUGGCAGCAGAAAGAGGUAUCUCUAACCUUGUGGUAGAAAUGGAUUCUGCGACUGCAGUACAGCUUCUCCAAAGAACUGUGUGGCUGACAGUCUAG